GCAGGGCUGGCCCACCCCCCUGCCGCCAUGGCUGACUCCCCCUUCCGCCUGCCCCGCACCUGGUGGCAGGCGGCCCAGGACGCCCUCCGCGAGACCAUCCGGCUGGACCUGGAAGCCGCCUUCUACUUCACUCACUUGAUUUUGGUCUUCAAGUCACCCAGGCCGGCUGCCAUGGUGCUGGAGCGCUCCCAGGACUUUGGCAAGACGUGGAUGCCUUACAAAUACUUUGCUGCUAACUGCUCGGCCACCUUCGGGCUGGAGGAUGACGUGAGUCAGAGAGGAGCCAUUUGCACUUCCAGAUAUUCGAGUCCAUUCCCCUGCACCGGAGGAGAGGUGAUAUACCGAGCCCUGUCGCCGCCUUACGCCGCAGAGGACCCAUACAGCAUGGAAGCCCAGGCGCAGCUGAAGAUCACCAACCUGCGGGUGCGACUGCUGGAGCGGCAGGGCUGCCCCUGCCUCCCGGUGGGCCCGGCCCCCUGGCCUCCGCAGCCCUCACCACCCCUGCACUAUGCUGUCUAUGAUUUCAUCGUGAAGGGCAGCUGCUUCUGUAAUGGCCACGCUGACCACUGUGUCCCUGUCGAUGGAUUCAAGCCUGUCAAGGCAGCUGGUGUUUUCCAUGUGGUCCAUGGGAAAUGCAUGUGCAAGCACAACACAGCAGGGUCCCACUGCCAGCACUGCGCCCCGCUUUACAACGACCAGCCUUGGCAGGCUGCCGACGGCAAAACCGGAGCCCCCAAAGAGUGUCAGUCAUGCAAGUGUAAUGGGCAUGCUGACACUUGUCAUUUUGACAUGGAUGCGUGGCUGGCAUCGGGCAAUCGCAGCGGUGGUGUCUGCGACAGCUGUCAGCACAACACAGAAGGGCAGCACUGCCAGCGCUGCAAGCCAGGCUUCUACCGGGACCUCAGAAAGCCCUUCUCUGCCCCAGAUGCCUGCAAAGCUUGCUCCUGCCACCCCCUGGGAUCGGCCAUGCUCCCCCUGGGACCCCGCACCUUCUGUGACCCCAGCACUGGUGACUGCCCCUGCAAGCCCGGCGUGGCAGGGCCCCGCUGUGACCGCUGCCUUCCUGGCUACUGGGGCUUUGGUGCCUAUGGCUGCCGCCCCUGUGACUGCGCCCACAGCUGCGAGCCCCGCACCGGCGACUGCCGCAGCAGCAGCUCAGAUGUCACCUGGCACCACGAAGCACCUCCUUUCCAGGCGGUGCUCAACGAGAGCGAGCCUGCCUGGGGCUGGGAGGAUGAGCAGGGCUUCUCAGCACUCCGACAUUCUGGUAAAUGCGAAUGUAAAGAGCAAGUUUUAGGGAAUCCCAAGGUCUUCUGCGGGAUGAAGUACACCUACGUGAUCAAGACAAAGAUCUUGUCAGCUCAUGACAAAGGCUCCCAUGCAGAAGUCAAUGUGAAGAUCAAGAAAGUCUUGAAAUCUACAAAGCUGAAGAUCCUCCGGGGCAAGAGGACACUCUACCCAGAAUCCUGGACUAACAGAGGCUGCACUUGUCCCAUUCUCAAUCCCGGCUUGGAGUACCUUGUGGCAGGACACGAGGACAUCCGAACGGGCAGACUCAUUGUCAACAUGAAAAGUUUUGUCCAUCAGUGGAAGUCAGCUCUCGGAAGAAAGGUCCUGGAGAUUUUGAAAAGAGGCUGCAACUAG